GGUGCUCUGGAGUACCACCCUCGAUCUGACCGACCACUCCGAUUACUACGUACUACGUCUUCUCCGCAUUCCUACAUAAGAUAUUCACCGGUGCCCCUCCAUAUCGGUCAAUGAUAUCGUUGUCCGCGGACACACGUUUCGGCCAACAUGCGACUAUCCCCGAUCCUCUUCGGGCUUUUCCUCGUCCUUCUCAACACCCUGCAGGUAACUGCCACCAGGUUGAUCGAAUCUAGCGCUCUUAAUCUUUGUCAAGCGAGCAACAAUUUCACUGUCACCUACUUUAAUGUGGUAUUCACGCCCGGGAAUCGUUCACUCGCCUUCAGUUUCGAUGGAGUGUCCGCAAUCUCCGGCUAUGUUAAUGCGGAGCUACAGCUCACGGCCUACGGCAUCAAUGUUCUCUCCAAAACCAUGGACCCAUGUGAAAUGGGCAUCUCCGGUCUUUGUCCCAUGAAUACCGGCGCCAUUGAUGUCGCCAAAGCCACGAUGACCAUUCCCGAGUCUGUGAUCAAAGAUAUCCCAGGCAUCGCUUAUACAGUCCCUGAUCUUGACGCUAGUGUGCGUAUCUACAUCAACUCGACCGAGACGAACUCCAGCAUCACCUGCAUGGAAGCAGAGCUCUCGAACGGCCAGACCGUUUACCAGAAGGGUGUCGGCUGGGCCACUGCUGUCAUCUCUGGCUUAGGUCUCGCCGCUUCUGCCAUCACCUCGGGAUUAGGGCACUCGAACACCGCAGCUCAUGUCGCAGCCAACGCUCUUUCUCUGUUCAGUUUCAUGCAGUCUCAGGCCAUGAUUGGCAUGACAUCAGUGCAUAUGCCCCCUAUUGUUGAAGCUUGGACUCAGAACUUCCAGUGGAGUAUGGGUAUUAUUCACGUUGGCUUCUUGGAGGAUAUCUGCACUUGGUACCAAAGAGCAACCGGAGGGACUGCCGCGACGCUAUUAUCGAGUCUGUCAACUACUUCAGUCGCGGCUUACAAACGCAGAAAGCGUUCACUCGAGGAACAGGGCGUUUAUAGACGAGCGAGCGGCUAUCUGAACUACAUGCGGAAGCGCGCAUCCGGCAACAGCAAGACGGCGACUGAUGCCACGGUUAUUGUACGAGGUAUCGAGCGUGUUGGCUUCAAGGCCAAGAUUGAAUCGACCAAUAUCUUUAUGACCGGUCUCAUCUUCUUUAUUGUCUUCGUUGCUCUGGUCAUGAUUCUAGUUGUCCUUUUCAAGCUUGGCUGCGAGCUACUGGCUAAGCAGGGAAGGAUGAAGAGCAACAAGUUUCAGGACUUCCGGAACGGCUGGAAAGUGGUGGCUCGUGGCAUUCUCUUCCGACUGACACUGAUCGGUUUUCCCCAGAUGGCCGUUCUGUGUUUGUGGGAGCUCACCCAGCGGGAUUCUGCGGCGGAGGUGGUUUUGGCCAUCGUGAUGUUUUUGUCCGUGGUCGCCGCACUGGGUUGGGCAGCCCUCAAGGUGCUCCGCCUCGCCAGCCGAUCAACCGUGAUGCACAAGAACCCGGCCUACAUUCUUUUCUCUGACCCCUCCUGCCUCAACAAAUGGGGUUUCUUGUAUGUGCAGUACCGAGCGACUGCAUAUUACUUCAUUCUUCCUUACCUGGGCUAUAUCUUUGUCAAGGGCAUGUUCAUCGGCUUGAGUCAACAGGCCCCUGUCGUGCAGACCAUUGCCCUGGUUAUCAUUGAGGCCUGUAUGCUUAUUGCUGUCAGUGUGUUGCGCCCGUGGAUGGACAAGAAAACCAACAUCUACAACAUCACCAUCGCUGCUAUCAACUUUCUCAACGUCAUCUUCCUCCUCUUUUUCUCGGAAGUAUUCAACCAACCCGGUAUUGUCACUGGUGUUAUGGGCGUCGUGUUCUUCGUAAUCAACGCGAUCUUUGCUCUCGUGCUCUUGAUCAUGGUGCUUGUUGCUUCCAUCUAUGCCAUCGUGUCCAAGAACCCUGACACGCGUUAUCAGCCAAUGAGGGAUGAUCGCGGUUCGUUCAUCAAGUCGGGCAGCCAGCUGACCACCGAAUUGGACGCUCUGGGUGCGACUGCGCGUGGUGACAUGAAGAACUCGCCAUACAAGUCCAGUCCUUUUGAGGAUGAUAAUGCCUCUUUCUCUAGCGGCAACGGGGCCAGCGUCAGCCGUCAGAACCUUGAAGCUCCUGAUCCGUCGCCGAACCACGCAGCGCGCUCCCCCGCUUCGCCAGUGGACCCUUCUUUACCUCUGUUCCCUAGCGACAACCGCAACGGAUCGCAUGAUGCCAAUUUCGGCCGAUCACCAUCGCCUGUCCCGCGGUACGACACCGCUUCUCCAAUGCAAAACCCGCAUGCAUACCGGCAACAAAACAACCCCAGUCCGUGGCAAAGGGGGGCAGGAUAUGAUCACUAAAGUUGAAUUAAUUCACCUGAAUUGCUUUCUAGCCUUGCUUGUGAUGAAGUUAUGGCCUUGUGUGUGUGCGGGGGAAGGCACGGAUUGACUCCUAUUCUAUUCUAUCCAAGA